UUUGCACCAAUUUGCAUGUGGGCUCAGGAGAUACUGUCACUGCAGAGGGACUUCAGGAAACGCACUUAAGUGAGUUCAAGGACGAAAUAUGGCCAUCAACACAAAGAAUGGCAUCCACACAGUGGCGGUGCUAAGCGGACACCCACACAUGUCUAAAGAUAAUGAGGGACGGGGUUAUUGGGGAAGCAAAGCCGAGUUCAUCCUGACUGUGAUGGGUGCAAUCAUUGGACCUGGCAAUGUAUGGAGGUUUCCUUACCUGUGUUACAGAAACGGCGGAGGCGUGUUCUUCAUACCAUACUUCUUGUUCAUGUUUACAUGCGGAAUCCCGUUAUUCUUCCUUGAGACGGCAUUAGGACAGUACACCAGCCAGGGGAGUAUAACGUGCUGGAGAAAGAUUUGUCCGCUUUUCCAAGGCAUGGGCUAUGCCAGUCACUUAAUCACUGCAUUUAGUGCCACCUCUUAUAUUGUCAUCAUUGCAUGGGCGUUCUUUUACCUGUUCUCAUCAUUCAGUGCGGACUUGCCUUGGGCCACAUGUGGACACGAGUGGAACACAGACUCUUGUCUGGAUCCAUCCGAUCCAAAUGUGAGCCUCAGCAUGACUUCCAGACUGAAUAGCACUCUUCCUGUCAUGGAGUUCUGGCAGCACCGGGUUUUGAAAAUCUCUACUGGUAUUGAGGACGUUGGUAGCUUGAGGUGGGAACUUGUCUUGUGUCUCAUCCUGACAUGGGUCCUCUGCUACUUUUGCGUUUGGAAAGGAAUCAAGUCAACAGGAAAGGCGGCUUAUUUUACAGCUACCUUCCCCUUCAUUAUGCUGUUUAUUCUGCUCAUCCGUGGUGUUACCCUCCCGGGUGCAAUGGACGGGAUCAUUUACUACCUCUACCCUGAUAUCUCCCGCCUUUCAGAUCCCCAGGUGUGGAUGGAUGCUGGAACUCAGAUAUUCUUCUCCUAUGCCAUCGGCCUUGGAUUUCUAACUUCUCUUGGGAGUUACAACACCUACAACAAUGACUGUUACAAGGACUGUUUUUACUUGUGUCUACUGAACAGUGGCACCAGCAUUGUGUCAGGCUUCGCAAUUUUCUCUGUUUUGGGUUUCAUGACCAACGAGCAAGGGGUGGAUAUUUCUGAAGUAGCUCAAUCAGGUCCAGGGUUGGCAUUCAUUGUCUACCCACGCGCUGUAGCCAUGAUGCCCAUGCCUCAGGUGUGGUCGGUGUGUUUCUUCCUCAUGAUCAUUCUGCUCGGAUUGGACAGUCAGUUUGUUGGUCUGGAGUGUCUGAUGACGUCACUGACUGAUUUGUUCCCUGCCCUGCGCCAAGGGUACAGACGUGAGUUGGUUCUGCUGGCUAUCUGCUGUACCUGCUGCAUGCUGGGACUCUCACUGGUCACUGAGGGAGGGAUGUACCUGCUCCAGCUGUUGGACCAUCAUGUCUGCAGCGGCACUACCCUUCUGCUCCUCUCCCUCUGCCAGUCUGUCAGCAUUUCCUGGGUCUAUGGUGCUGACCGUUUCUAUGGCAACAUCACAGAUAUGAUUGGGUAUCGUCCAAACCCAUUGAUGAAGUACUGCUGGCGCUACAUCACUCCCUUCAUCUGUUUUGGCACCUUUAUCUUCUCUAUCAUCAAAUACUCGCCGCUGAGGUUCAAUAAUACUUAUGUUUAUCCAUUAUGGGCUAACAUCUUGGGAUGGUUCAUUGCCAGUGUGUCCCUCUCCCUCAUCCCAUUCUUUAUGGUAUACAAAAUGAUGCAUGAAAAAGGCAGUAUUCGACAGCGUUUCUUGAUUGUCUUCAAGCCUGCCGACCUCACCUUGGACCAAAAAGGUCUUCCUACACUUGGAACCACUACCAAUGUGGAGCUGAAGCCCUUAUCCCCAAAUGGAGAACUUACUCAGUGAGCCCAGACAGAGGUUUUUCAAGAGUAAUGUUACUUCAAAGUCAAUGACAUGCUACUCUUAAGUGAAUGUGAUGACUAUUUCUCAUUUUAAGCCAACAUUUAUUUUUGAGUUGCUUCAUGAAUACAGGGCUAUUGCUUCAUCACCAGAAAGUAAAUGGUUUGCCUAAUUGUAACUUUUUUGUGAUUAAUAAUUUUGCAGGGAUAAUUCUGUAAAGAUUCAAGGAUGUGUUUCUUUUGAAAGAAAGAGCAUUGUGCUGUUUUGUUGUACAUAAACAUUAGCCUGAGUUGAAUUCUAGAACAUUUACUGGCUAAGUUAUUUUAAAAUCUCACUCAAUUGGCAUAUAUUUGUAUCUAAAUAUCACAUGGGGAAUGUAUGAACCCUAGUGCUACAUAUGCCUGUAUAUAACCUUUUAAUACUCCUUAAAACAAUAAUACGUGCCUUACAACAGCAUAUUUAGGUUAUUACACCUUGAUAUAGAGUACAGCAGCUGUAGGACUUUACAUCUGCAGAUGGCGUUCAGCCAUUUGUCAUGCACUAUUGUUCAAGAAUAAAUAUUUUUCAUAUUGUCCAUUAAACCUGGUACUUUGGCCUAU